AUGACUGCACUUCUCCAGCUCUUGGUGCCCACCGUGAGCUCCGGCUACAGCCCAUACUGGCCGGUGGCAUCGCUCAGCAAAACAAAGGACGAUGACGUCGCCUUUGUGGUCGCUGCUGUGCCUCUUUUUAACAGUAUUGUACUUGGCGGCUUCUCGAUGAGCAAGCGAUGGCCACCAAGUGAGGACGCCACCUACAGCUUUGGCUUUUGCGCGUUUCUUGCGAAGUGGGCCAAGAAGGUGUGCACAAGCAUCAAGCAUGCGUACAUGCCGUACGAGCUGGACCUCCUCGAGGCAGUGACAACCCCCGCCCACAACGUGCCGGACCUCGAUCUCUGUUCCCUGCAUGCGAAACAUUACCCGCUGGAAGCCGCGUUGCUCAUCCAGCGCUGGCUUGCGUCAGGUCCCAGACGCCGCAUCACGUUUCGCAUGCUGCACGCCACGCGCGACGCUGGCCUGGCGCGUGUGCUCGCCUUGUCUCCGCACAUAACGAAGCUCGAGCUGGUGAAGUCCGAGGGCAUUCUUGCCGCCCUCGCUUCGAACGGCGCUCGCUGCACCUACCUGCCCGAGCUUACUAUACAUGUUUAUGACGAACCAGGGCGCGUUCUGCCGUUGCUAAACCCGCGCGUGCUCCGGAAGCUCUCUGUCAUGGUCUACGAGCUCGCCGAAGUCGUUGGCCUUGCUCCAGCGCUUGCCGAGCUCGUAGCGCUCGAGCAACUCACCCUCAAACGCAUCGAUCUGCGCACUUUGCCGAGGAUCAAUGCUGCCGCCGUGACGACGAUGCGAAAGCUUAAAUUAUGUUUCGUCGAGUGCACGGCCACAAGCGUAGCAAACGUACUCGACUGGGUCACGCGCUCGCCCUGUCUCGAGUCGGUCGUAUGGAUGAGCUGUGCGGUCUUUGGCGCCGAUAUUGGCUGCGCCAUCGAUACAGUCCAACGAUGCAUCCGCUCUCUCGCCCACACUGUGGCGUUCGAAGACUGCGGUAUUGAUACGCAUGGCGCAACGGCCUUGGCCCACGGACUCCGCAACACCCACGCACGUCAUCGCAUUAUGAUCGACCUCUCGCGCAACAAGAUGCUCAUCGCGGCGGCGCGCGCAUUGCUCUCAGCGCUCGCCACGUGCACCAACGUGUCGAUCAAACUGACGAACAGCCUUCGCACCCUCUCGGUGGACGACGACGCCCAGGCAAAGCAAGCGGGGGUCACCAUCGAGUGGUGCCUGCGCAACGAAUGGCCGAGCUACGUGCUGACGCUGCAUUCGACUAGAAGUUAGUUUCGCGAAAUUGAUCGACGUUCAAUAGCUCUUUGCA